AUGCUGAAUGAAAGCAAGCUUUCAAGACUCCGGACUUCACAGCUUUCAAAAGGAAAGGCCAAGGGCAAAUUCUUUAGCAAGUUGGACCCUCCAGCGGAAUUCUGCAAGGGCAAGCCGGAGAAGGGCAAGUUUGGCAAAGGUAAACUUGGCAAAGGGAAGCUUAGCAAAGACAAGUUUGGCAAAGGCAAGUUUGGUGGCUGGGACAGUGAUGUCUCAGAGGAUGAUAUCGAGCCGGAGAAGGGCAAGUUUGGCAAAGGUAAACUUGGCAAAGGGAAGCUUAGCAAAGACAAGUUUGGCAAAGGCAAGUUUGGUGGCUGGGACAGUGAUGUCUCAGAGGAUGAUAUCGACGACUUCAUAAAUCGAUUUAAUCAAGAGUUUGGUGUUACCAAGGGCAAAGGUCUAGGCGAAGGGGAGUCUGUCCAAAGCCUGAAGAAGGGCAAACCUGGUCCCGGCAAGAAGGGCAUCAAAGGAAAGCCCACGCUACAGGGAAAGCCUGGUGAUAGGCAAAGCCCGGAGGAGAUUAAGGCCAUGUUGGACGAGUUCUGCACUUGGGAGGACGUUCUCAUGGUGGUUGACAGAGAUGGCACGCCUCUACGCUAUGCUGACGAGCAGGUUGCCAAGUGGGAGGAAGAAGAUAGGAUGGCAUUGGAGAAGGGCAAGUUCGGCAAGGGCUUCAAAGGGAAAGGAAAAGGAAAGGGUAAGUUUGUCAAAGGCAAAAGCAACCAGAGCUUGGAGGACUUGGAGAACGGUCCAGACUCCGAGGAGGUGACACUGCACAUGACGGACGGCUCAGAACACCGCCAGACGAUUGCCAGGCCCAGCAGCGACGAUGGAAGCCAGGAGGUGUGGCGUGAGCUUGGAAUCUUCGGAUCUUCGGAGAAAGGAGCUUUGCAGCUGAAGGGCCAUGCCACCGUGGGUGACGCGCUGGAGUCUGUUCGGGAGGAGAGAGGCAUCCCAAAGAACAGGGAGCUUGUGCUCGUCCUCAUGCCUAGUGGUGAGGUGCUGGAUGAAGAGCGCCGGAUUGCCUUGCUGCCUACAGAUGAAGAGCUGACUCUGAUCUUGUAG